AUGUCGAUCCCCAAGAUCCCCUCGCGCCGCCUGGGCAACCAGGACCCAGCUCACGUCAUGGACUUCCCAUCGCUCAACCUCGGGUACAAGCCGUGCUCAAAGACGCCCUUCACUCUCGUCGACCUCGACAUUACAGUGUACGGUCUUGAGGAGAUCAAGGGCGGUGACAAGCCCGUUGCGGUUGUUAUCGUGGCGCACGGGUGGGCGAACAACGCGGCCCAGAUGGAGAAUAUGUGCCACGGCCUCGUUGGGGAGAUGACCAAGCUCGGCGCGCGGAGGACGCGCGACGUCAUUGUCGUGACCUACGACCAGCGUAACCAUGGUACCCGUAAGCUCAAGAAGGACACACUGUCGUACAACAAGAACCCGCUUCGUCUUGUCGCAAUGGCCACGACGCUCACGGGUGCCGUCGAGGACCACCAGCUCAUCAUGGACAUGCUCGAGGACUACGUCUUCCCGCUGGGCGAGCGCAAGAUUGUCGAGUUCAUGUGCACCGGCGUCUCGCUCGGUGGACACGCUGUGUGGCGUCUGAUGAAGACUGACCCCCGUGUUCGCAUUGCCGUGCCGAUCAUCUCGGUUCCUCCCGAUUCGCUCAAUCAGGUGCACACCACCCGUUUCCGCGCCGACGGAACAAUCGGUACAGACAAGAUGUACUUCCCCAAGGCGACGCGCGAGUUCUAUGAGGGCAAGACGGCGCCCGGAACGUUCAAGGACAAGUACAUCCUCGCUCUGUGUGGUGGUGUCGACGAGGUCGUGCCUCCGUCAUUUGGGAACGAGGACUGGGAAAAGGUUCGGGCCGACGCACGCGCGACCGACCAGUGGAUCCAGCCAGGGAUCGGGCAUAUCUGCACGCCUGAGAUGGUCGCGCGUGCCGCGGAAUGGUUUGCGCGCUGGGGCCUUGGGGGUGGCAACGCAAAGCUUUAA